AUGACCUUAAUCCCAUACAAAUUUGAUCGAAUCGCAUCUCGUAAACACAUGAUCGGUUACUGUAAGAUCCGUGGUCGUAACAUAUUAUUAUUAUUACUGCCAACAGCGAUUCUAAAAGAAGCAUGGCCACUCAUCGAGCCCUUCAUCACCCGACUUUACCUUAACUGCAUACAAAUCGGACACCACCCGAGAUCCUUCCGGAGCGCAAUUCUAGCUAUCAUUCCCAAACCCAACAAGGCUGAUCUCUCAUCCCCGAGAUCGUACAGACCCAUCGCCUUACUCUCUGUCCCGGGCAAAGGACUUGAACGCCUAAUAGCCAGACAAAUGUCUUGGACCUCAAUCUCCCACAAAGUGCUGGCCACCCACCAAUUCGGCGCCCUACCCCUCAGAUCAUCGGUGGACCUCACAACCUGCCUCACCCAUGACGUUGAGCACUCCCUCAACUCCAACGAAUCAGCCUCACUCCUGACGCUUGACGUCAAAGGAGCCUUUGAUGCAGUACUCCCCGGCCGAUUGAUACGCAGGCUCCACGAACAAGGAUGGCCUCAUGGCCUUGUCAAAUGGCUCUUUUUCUUCGUAACAGGAAGAUCUGUACAAGUCCGCCUGGACGGGAUCACAGGCCCAAAAACGAACAUUGAAUGCGGGCUCCCCCAGGGCUCCCCCAUCUCGCCAAUCCUCUUUAUGCUAUACAUUGCCCCAAUCUUCAAAAUGGGAGAAGACACGAUCAAAUUCGGCUACGCCAACGAUGUAGCCAUUGUAGCAGCCUCAAAGUCCCUGUCCGAAAACGUCAAGAGACUUACCUCCACAGUCAAUGAAAUCCUAAUUUGGGGCACCUCGGAGGGCAUCACCUUCGACCCUGGCAAAUCAGAACUACUCCACUUCUCGAAACGCAGGACAGAGCAAGAUCCUGCCACUACCCCGACAGUCAACAUGGGCGACCUAACGAUCAGGGAACUAGCCAAUGGAAAACCCUACCUAAGAUGGCUCGGGAUACUCUUCGACAAAAAACUGACUUUCAAAUGGCAUACGAGAGAGAUUGCCGCAAGAUCGAUCGUGGUGGCCAAAGCCCUCAAAUCUCUAGGGAACUCUAUGAGAGGAGCCCCCCCCCCCCCCAACUUAUUACGACAAGCGGCUGAAGCAUGCGUCCUUAAAAGAGCAUAUUACGGGGCCGAGACCUGGUGGACAGGCAGAACACAGCCAGACAGAGUCCACCCCACCAAAGUGGAAGGCCACAUCAAUUACCUAAGCAAGGUCACCUUGGAAUGCGCCAGGGCAAUAUUACCGGCCUGGAGAACAACAAACAUAGCAACACUCUACCGGGAAUCAGGACUCAGACCCCCCGAAAUUGAACUCGACGAUUUGGCCCGCGCUGCGGCAGUCAGAACCAGGAGGCUAGACCCCUACCACUCCCUCGCGUGGAGAUCGGAAUGGAUCCAAGAGAACCCUGACUCCUUCAAAACCCGGUAUGCCAAACGCAUCCUGUCCCUCCCAGCGUCGGAACAGAUCAACCCCCUAGCAGCCCCCAAGUGGCUCGAUCGUGAAACAAGAGAAGAAACCCUGAACCGCAUACACAGCCCCCACGGCCGAACCAAGCAGGGGGCCGCGGCCGACUUCAAAGAGUUUUACGACCUACUCCCCCGAGAAGACAUCGUAAUCUUCUCAGACGGGUCGAAACAUGCAAACGGCAGUACUGGAAGCGGUUUCGUCGGCUAUCAAGACAACCGCAAAUUCUGCGAAGGAAGCUUCGCACUAGGAAAGUCGAAGGAAGUAUACGAUGCUGAAGCAGUAGCAGCACUCAAGGGCCUCAGAGCGGCAAUAACCUCGAUAGAGGCGAGAACGGCAAUGGACAUAUGGAUUUGUCUAGACAACAUCGAAGUGGCGGCUAGACUGCUCUCAAACUCCACUGGAUCCUCCCAGGAGACCUUCACGACUUUCCGCCAGCUAGCAUCAAGCUGGCCCAACGGCACGGUCCGCAUUUGA